AUGAGUGCAGUACUCUUAAACUCAGUCAUGGAACCCGAAGUUUCUCACCUAGUGUCAUGCAUCUUCCUCUUCCUCCUCAUUCCUCUCUUGCCCCCUUCAAAUUCAUCAUCUUUUCAGUUUGUGAAGCAAUUCACUGGUUCUAAGAAGGGUGACAAUGUAAGAGGACUCCAAGAAAUCAGAAAUUAUCUUCAGAAGUAUGGUUAUCUAAGUUAUUCCUACUCUAAAAAUCCCAAUUAUUUUGAUGAUACAUUAGAGUCUGCUGUCAAAGCAUACCAACUCAAUUACCAUCUUAAUGUCAGUGGAACCAUAGAUACUAAUACACUGUCACUCAUGGGAACGCCUCGGUGUGGGAUGCCGGAUAUAGUCAGUGGCACCCCGCACCAACUCCAUGAACUUUCUUCUUAUUAUGUGUAAAGGUACACCAAAUAGUCCAAGUUCAACCUCUCCUGGGCACUUCAACCCAGCACUUCCCACGAUGUUCAAGGCCGUAUUGCACAAGCAUUUAGCAAAUGGGCUUCUGUUUCACACUUCAAUUUUUCAAAGGGUAAAGAGUUUACACAUGCUGACCUGCAGAUCAGUUUCCUACACCGUGAUCAUGGAGAUAAUAGCUCGUUUGACGGCCCUGGAGGAGUCCUAGCCCACGUGAACAUGCCACCAAAUGGGAAGCUUUACUUUGAUGCAGAGCAUUGGGCGGUUGGUGCAGUUCCGGGAGCUGUCGACAUAGGCACUGUUGGGUUGCAUGAAAUAGGACACCUUCUUGGACUUGGGCAUAGCACAGUUGCUGAAGCUAUCACUCCCCCUCCCGGACGAAGCUUGGCCGAGAUGAGGAGGGAGUUCUCUACUCUUCAAAAAGCCAACAAGAGUUUACAAUCAAAGAUGAAAAAGUUGGAGGACCAAGCUGAGGUUACAAUCAAAGCCCAAACUGACGCCGAAGAGAAGGCUGAAUCUGCCGAAGCCAUCAGAAAGUUUUCUGAGUCCUAA